GUUUUUUUUUUUUUUAAUAUUCCAAUGGACCGCCGCCAAUGACGUUUAGCUUCAUUUUCAUUUUCAUUUUCAUCUUUUCUUCUUCUUUCUCCUCUCCAUCAACAACAAGCAGAGAGAGAAACAAACAAGGAAGAGAAGGAGUCGCGUGAAGGGAGACUCAGAGGCGGAUAGAGAGAUCUGCUCGUCUUCGUUCAAGAUCCCUCGAUUCAUUCUCCUUCAAUCUGAGGCUCAGAUUCUGAGAGGUGGGUGUAUUCAUACCGCUACGCCAAUCUAAUCAGCACUCUCUUGCUUUGAAAUAGACUCAGCUAUGCUGGAAGAUGUGUCCUGUCACUAGGGCAUUAGUUGCACGAGCUAGGACACAUUCUGAUCUAGCUGGAGUUAGUAGUUUUCUUCUUCUUCUUCUUCUGCUUGUGUAAUUGUGUCGAUUAGAUGGAAAAUAAGCCGAGUGUCUUGACCGAUAAGUAUGAAGUCGGGAGGUUGUUGGGUCAAGGUACGUUUGCCAAGGUGUAUUAUGGAAGGAGUGUUCAUACUAACCAGAGCGUUGCUAUCAAGAUGAUCGACAAGGAUAAGGUUAUGAAAGUUGGCCUUAUGGAGCAGAUCAAGCGAGAGAUCUCUGUUAUGAGGAUCGCUAAACACCCUAACGUAGUUGAGCUAUACGAGGUCAUGGCAACUAAAACAAGGAUCUACUUUGUUAUGGAGUACUGUAAAGGAGGGGAGCUUUUCAACAAGGUUGCUAAAGGGAAGCUGAGAGACGAUGUUGCUUGGAAAUACUUUCAUCAGCUUAUCAACGCGGUUGAUUUUUGCCACAGCAGGCAAGUGUAUCAUCGUGACAUAAAGCCCGAGAAUCUGUUGCUGGAUGACAAUGAGAAUCUCAAGGUUUCUGAUUUCGGGUUAAGUGCUCUCGCUGAUUGCAAGCGGCAAGAUGGUCUCCUCCACACAACUUGUGGUACGCCUGCGUAUGUUGCUCCUGAAGUGAUCAAUCGAAAAGGCUAUGAUGGGACAAAGGCAGAUAUUUGGUCUUGUGGAGUAGUUUUGUUUGUUCUGUUGGCUGGGUAUCUCCCUUUCCAUGACUCUAACCUCAUGGAGAUGUACAGAAAGAUAGGAAAAGGAGAUUUUAAGGCCCCAAGCUGGUUCGCUCCAGAAGUACGGAGGCUGUUGUGUAAGAUGCUGGACCCUAACCCUGAAACUAGAAUCACCAUCGCAAAAAUCAAGGAGAGUUCUUGGUUCAGAAAAGGUUUACACAUGAAACAGAAGAAGAUGGAGAAACGAGUCAGAGAGACUAAUCCCCUGGAAGCUAGUGCUGCAGGUCCAAGCGAGAACGGAGGAAGGGUCACAGAGGAAAACAAUACAGACCAGCCUACAAGUAUAAAUGCGUUUGAUAUAAUUGCCUCGUCUUCUGGGUUCGACCUGACGGGACUGUUUGGAGAUGUGUACGACAAGCGAGAAUCUAGAUUCACAUCCCAGAAACCUGCUUCAGUGAUCAUAUCUAAGCUGGAGGAGGUGGCGCAACGGUUGAAACUGAGCAUAAGAAAACGAGAAGCAGGUCUGUUCAAACUAGAAACUUCAAAGGAGGGAAGAAAAGGAAAACUAUCGAUGGAUGCGGAAAUAUUCCAAGUGACGCCAACGUUUCAUAUGGUGGAAAUGAAGAAAUCUAAUGGAGAUACUCUAGAGUAUCAGAAAUUAGUGAAAGAGGAUCUUAGGCCUGCUCUUGCAGAUAUUGUGUGGGUUUGGCAGAGCGACAAAGAUGAGCAGUUAAUUCCUGAUUCAAACCAAGAGACCGAACAACAACAACAGGAAGAAGAAGAAGAACCAUUGUAGUUUUGAGAAUCUUUUGUUAUCUUUCAAGUUCGUCUUAACUCUGAUGUUAAACCGUACAGUAAAUGAGUUUCCUGCAUAUAAUAAAGUCGUUUCCAGAACU